GCCCCGUGCCGGCCGCGGGCGCAGGAGCCUCGCGGCAGCUCUGCCAGCGGGAGCGAUGGACGCCGAGACGGCGGGGGACGAUCAGUCCCGCCUGCGCGCGCUCUUCCUGGCCUGCGACGCCAACGGCUCGGGCCGCAUCGAGCGCGAGGACUUCGAGGCACUUUGCGCCGAGCUGCGAGUGCGGCCGGCCGAGGCCGAGGCCAUCUUCCAGCGCCUCGACAGCGACCGUGACGGGGCCAUCACCUUCAGGGAGUUCGCCCGCGGCUUCCGCGGCGCGACCCGGCUGCGGUCCAGCGGCGGCCCCGGGGAGCCGGAGCCGGAGGAGGAGGGCGAGGAGGCGGCGGCGACAUGGAGCACCGCGGGACUGGAGCAGCCCUGGAGAGACUUCGAGGUGCGGCUGGGGGAUGAGGCCAGGUACAUCCCCAGACAAGAGCAAGUCAGUGUUCUGUAUCAGAACAUACACAUAGUGGAACCAAGAUUAAUCCAGCCGUAUGAGCAUGUCAUUAAGAACUUCAUCCGAGAGAUCAAACUUCAAAGCACAGAGAUGGAAACCUUGGCCAUUGCAGUGAAAAGAGCUCAGGAUAAAGCAGCAGUUCAGCUCAGUGAGCUGGAGGAAGAGAUGGAACAACGGAUACAGGCUGCGGAACAAAAAGUUAAAAAGGAAGAGAAACGAAAAGCUGAAGAAGCACUAAAUGAGUUGAAGCGUCAGUAUGACACUGAAGUUGGGGAUCUUCAAGUGACUAUAAAAAAACUUAAAAAGGUUGAGGAGCAAUCCAAAAACAUAAAUAGCAGGGAAGAUGUGAUUGAACUGAAAAAGAGAAUGCACGAUGUGUUGCUGGAAAAUCAGAAACUUAAGAAAGACCUCUUAGAAGCUCAAACAAAUAUUGCUUUUCUCCGGAGUGAGUUAGAUAGCUUGAAAAGUGAAUAUGCCGAUCAGACCUUGAACACAGAGAGAGACCUAGAAAUGAUUCGGGAGUAUACUGAAGACAGAGAUAAUCUGGAAAGACAAAUUGAAAUACUUCAAUCAGCUAAUAGAAAACUACAUGACAGCAAUGAUGGUUUAAGAACUGCACUUGAAAACAGUUUCAGCAAGUUCAACAGAUCAUUGCGGUUAGCAAAUACCUCACCAGGAAGUACUAUUUCUAGAAGCAGUCCCAAAUGUAGUGGUGGACAGUCCCCUCUGAACCCGCGUUAUGACAGGUCAUCUCCAUCUUGUGUGGAUGAAGAUUAUGAUUCUUUAGCCCUUUGUGACCCCAUGCAAAGAAUAAACUGUGAAGUUGACAGCUUACCUGAGAGCUGUUUUGAUAGUGGUUUGUCCACCCUGAGAGAUUCAAAUGAGUAUGAUUCAGAGGUGGAAUACAGGCACCAAAGAAUUUUUCAAAGACCACAGUGUAUGCAAGAAAACUAUGGCGGUGAUGCUUCUGAUACAGAUGUUCCAGAGAUCAGGGAUGAAGAAACAUACAGUCCGGAUAACAGCAGUACAAUAUUAGAUUGGAAAUCCUCAAGACCAGUAAGUCGAAGCAGCUCAGUUGCUUCAACAAGGAAAUACAUAUCUGCUCUGACUCCUCAGUCAGAUGCAACAGAAUGUACUCCAAAAUACCCAAGUUCAGAGAAGGCUUACAAGAUUGUUCUUGCUGGAGAUGCAGCGGUGGGAAAAUCUAGUUUCCUUAUGAGACUUUGCAAGAAUGAAUUUAGAGGCAAUACCAGUGCAACCCUUGGUGUCGAUUUUCAAAUGAAAAGGUUAAUUGUUGAUGGAGAACCUACAGUGCUACAACUGUGGGACACAGCUGGGCAGGAGAGAUUCCGAAGUAUUGCAAAAUCGUACUUCAGAAGAGCAGAUGGUGUCUUACUCUUAUAUGAUGUAACAUGUGAAAAAAGUUUUCUUAAUGUGCGAGAAUGGGUUGAUAUGAUUGCGGAUGCAACUCAUGAGAAUAUUCCAAUUAUGAUGGUAGGAAACAAAGCAGAUCUUCGCCAAGCGGUUACAGAACAAGGGCAAAAAUGUAUAUCUACAAACUAUGGAGAAAAGCUGGCUAUGACUUAUAAUGCUCUAUUCUGUGAAACAAGUGCUAAAGAUGGAUCUAAUAUUGUUGAAGCAGUUCUUCAUCUUGCUCGUGAAGUGAGAAAACGAAGUGAUAAUCGAGAUGAUACGAGGUCAGUAACCAACCUGGCUGGGACGCCUGUCAAAAAAUCAGCACUCAUGAAAAACUGUUGUAAUGUUUAAGUCAUGGACAGUUUUCCUGACAUAAGCAAUUUAUAUAUUAAAAAAAAAAAAGAAAAGAAAAAAAAUGAAAAAAAAAAAAGAAAAAUGAAGGAUUUCAAUUAUGUAUUCUUUUUACUAUGGAUUUAAACAUUUGUGUAUUUAGAAGUUGGACAUCAUGGAAAAAAUCCCAACACCACUUUCUACUAAUUCAUAUUUAUACACUUGCUCUGACCCUUAGUGUCUGCUUCACUCUUCUUAAGCAACGAAAUUCAAUGAAGUGAGCUCAAUGAAUCAAUGCUAUAGUAGUCAGUGCAUGAAAUACUGUAAUAUAUUUUAUCUUCUUUACCUGCUUGAUUCUUUACGGGCUCAUUAUCUCUUACAGAAUAUGAUAGGACAGUAUCAUUUAUCACUCAUAGGAACAGAAAAAAAGUUCUGCCAAGAACAUGAAUUAAUUUAAUCUUUUUGCUCCUGUCUAUGUAUCUAGUUUUUUGAAGGCCUUGACUUACACAUUCAUGAAAAAUUUCCCAAGAAAAUCCUAAACCAUUAAAAUAUUGCCUAGUUACAGGUAAAUUAAGUUCAGGACAAAAAGUGGAACGGUUUAUUAGGAGAAGACAGUGGUAGGUAUGUGGGCUACUGGUGUAGUUUUACAGCAGUGAGUUAGAAUUUAUUUAAAUUGAAGAGUUGAGAUUUGAUUGGGAACUCAAAAGUAGACUUUAUUUCUAAUCCUACACAGCUCAAUAGUGAAAGGAACAUUUGCAUGGACCAUUACAGUUCCAAAUUCUAGAGAGUCCUAUAAUACUUGUGAUAUGCAGGAUGAGAUGAAAUAAUGUUUCAAUACACUUCUGUUUGUUUAGACUAUAUCAUUGGCAGUGUAAUAGACAGAUGUGGAUUGUAAUUUUCCUGUGUUUUUCAAAAGCUUUUCAUUCAGGCAUUAAUUGAGGGAUUGUAAUGGCACAGAAGGGUCUGUUCUAAUGUAUACUCUUUAUGCAUUUUUAAAGUUUUAGGUGGAAGGAUUAUUGCACGCACACAAGAAUCUGUAUGAACAGUUCAUUAAAAGAAACUGCUGGAAUUAAUGGCAGCCACUUAUGUUAAUGAGGAUAUUGUUGCCUGACUGUAAAAAAUUUCCAAGAUACUAAGCAGUGAAUGAUAGUUUCAGAUGCAAGGGUUUCUAAGAUCUGAGUUGUUACUGCUUGUCAUAGUUCCCAAUGUUCAUAUAAUGUAGUAGAAAAUGUAGGUAUUCCUAUCAUCAUCAGUCAUAGAAUUGUAGACUUGCUGAGUGGCUUGGAUUGGAGGGGACCCUCUGCCAUAGGCAAGGUUGCCACUCACACCAGAUCAGGCUGCUCUGGGCCCCAUCCAACCUUAUCUUGAAUAAUUCCGGGGAUGGGGCAUCCAGACCUACUCAGGGCAAUGUGUUCCAAUGCCUCACCACCCUCUGAGUAAAACAUUUUCCCCCAACAAUGAAUCUGAACCUCCCAUUAUUUAUUUUAAAAAUAAAUCACUAUGUAAAAAUACGAAUCUGUUUCCCCUUUUUGAUACCAUCUGCUGCUGCCAAGAAUUUGUCUGUGGUAACUAUCAGUAGCUGAGUAGGUCAUAUAAUUUCAGUUGCUGUAGUCUGCUGAAAGAUUGCUGGCUGCCUUCUUCUCUUCAAUAGCGUAAUUCAUUUUAGAGUGCCCCCGACAAAUGUGGCUUUCAGAUCUUUAAAGUUAGCAGUGUGUGUGCGUGUGCAGUAAUUCCUUUCACAGCUGAGGUUCUUUUCAUACAGAAUGGUGUGUGAAGGUUCAUAGCCUGUGGAGAACCAGGUUGAAGGACAUGAGUUCAGGGACUUUUCCUCUCUCCUGGAUUGGGCCAUGGGUAUUUUGGAUACUUUUUCUCGCUUAUUUUAAUGAGCAAAAUUUAUCUUGUGUUCUUUGGCCAAGCUGUAUAAACUGAAUCACUUUUUGUAAGCUAUGUAAUUUUAGUGUGUGUCGUGUAAAGCAACAGUGUUUUAUUUUUUUAACUAAGAUUCAGGGUUGGAAACUGAUAACAAAGUUUUACCUUGGAGUAGUUUUAUGAUCAAUGUACGAAUUACUGGAAAAGGCACUACUGAAUGGGGAUAUAACUAUAGCUCAGCUGGAACUGUUUUUAGAAGUUCUGUGAUGAUCAGCUCCAUCAAGUCUGAAUAUUCACAUACUACCAGGUAGAAUGAAUUUGUGUUAAAGUGACAGAACUUGGAAAAAAAAAAUAUUUUAAUGUAUUGCAUAAGCAUGCAUUCCAUACAUGGAAAUAAUGAAUAUUUAAGGUUUUCCAUUGUUCUGCUUUAAAAGAUUACCUUGCCUUCUACCUGAAAUGUAAAGUGACAAAUACCAGCUUUAUGCUCUGACAUAAUUGCACUAUCGUACUUUAAAUGUUUUUAUUGUUUUACACAGUACUUGAGAACUAUUCAUUUAACCAUACAAAGCUAUUUUUUUAGUUAGUGGAUGUAUUCCCUUAAUACCUGUAUUUAUUCAGAAAGGAGGGGCUUUUCAUGUCUUUCCUCACAAUCUGUAAAUAAUUUUUUUUUUUUUUCAGUUGAUAUGGAAGUAUUAUUUUGUCCUGUAUUGUUUUUGACCUUUUCUAAUUGUGGCAUAGUGUACAUUUCUGAGGCAAGAAUUUCUGUUAAGACACUCUGGAAAUGUUGGGAUCACAUGAGUGUUCUAACCGCCUUGUGUAUUACAUUAGUGCUUUAAUGCUGCACAGUUGUUUAAUUAUUCUUAAAUAUUUAAUUAUGGCCUAACAUGGAUUAAAGGUUUCAGUGUAUCUAUUUUUUCCAGAUUUGAAGUAGCAUAAUGCUAUCCCUCUGAUCAUGUACAGGCUUCUUACAGGUUGAAGAAACUUUUUUACAGCACUAAAGCCUGUAGUAUUUUUCUUCCGCUGUAUUAGUACCUGGCUAAAUCCUUUCUUACUGGCCUCCUUAGGACUGGUAGCAUCAUUAUUGAUCGUUGCCCAACUCCCCCUCCCCCCCCCCCCCUUUUUUUUCCUUCCACAUUUCUUGUUUUGUGAGAAAAGACACAAAACCUGUGGUUAAAGAGAAUUUAGCUCAGAUGUGUCCACAAUAUAGGUGAAAAUGCAUUAUAUUGUUCGUAAAAUGGAAUCAAUUUCCUACAGUUUCUGCCCUUUGAGUUAGAGCUAUAAGGGAGUGUAUAUGAGAUCAAUCAUAUCAACCAAGUGGCUGAGUAACCAAUAGACACAAGCUGUUGAGGUUAUUGCGAUGAAGCGUUUAAAAUAGCCAUGUAUUUUUUUACUAGUAUGGGGGAGAAAUUCAGUGCCAAUUGCACAUGCCAACUUUUAAUAAAGCCAAUAUAUGUAAAUAAGGCUCUAAAUUGUUAAAACUUUAAAAAUUUUAUACUGUUUACAAUCAGAACUGUGGUGUUCAUGAACUUUGUUCUUCCUUGAAACGACAGACCACUGCAUCCACUGUAAUUCUGUAUGUUUGAAAAGAACUAUAUUCUCUGUAUUGAAAAUUACUGUACAAUAAAAUAUACUUCAAUAGCUUA